CCUGCUCGCUGUAGAAGAAACCCCAAACUGGUCUUUCUCUCUUAAACACGCACACUGGACACACCCUUCUCUCUCAAACACGCACACUGGACACACACCCUUCUCUCUCAAAUACGCACACUGGACACACACAAAUAGGAGGAUAACAGCAGCAGAAGAAACAUUUAAACAGAGAAUGAAUGAGACUCAGAAAAUGCUGGCUUUUACAUUGCUCUUCAUUGUCACCCUAUUCCAUGGUGGUGUAGUUGCACAGAACGAGGGGGAUUUAAAUGCGGUCACUAGGUUUUUGCAUUCAGUGGAUGCUGCUCAUCGCGGGGACAACACUGACACCACCCUUUCAAAUGAGGAUCAUGUACUCGAAGUCCAGACAAUGGUAUUUCCUGACCUGGACUUCCUAAACAAUGGUAAUACAGUGACUGAGAGGGUCAAGAUAACAAUCCUAGAUACAGAUUUUACCCUGCAGACCCAGGCUCCCCGGAAGACCCCUGCAUCCCGGACCAUCAACAUAGUAAUGCCAGAGGUUAACGUAAUGUGUGUUGAUAAAGAAGCUGUCCAGGACAGAGAUGCAGUGAGUCUGAAACUCAAGGCCUCUUCCAGCUGUGAGGAGACCAGGUCUAAAAUUGAAAGUGUUCUGGAGCACCUGUGUGGCGACGACUGUAAGCUGGAGGUCUUCCAGGAGGACAACUCUAAUGAAAUCCUGAUCUCUGGCAAAUACAUUGAAGCUGAUGUUAAAGGAAUGGCAGAGAAGUUCAAUAAUGACAACAUAAAAGACAAGAUUGAUUUUGUGGAGGCUGUUCCCCGUUGGGGGAAGAACUCUAAGCUUGUGCUGGUCUCACUGCUGAUCAGUGGAGUGCUCCUGGCUAUUCUGCUCAUCACAGGCUUCUACCUAAAGACCCACCACCCCCCACCAAAGGGAGCGAAACUGGCUGAAGAGGGUUUCCAGGUGGAUGAGGAGAACCAGGCCAACACCCUGGUUUCCGUGGCACCUCUGCAAUCCCAGGAGCCCUUGAACAAGCCCACUAGCAAUGGGGAGUCUCCUGACAGCCAGCCACCCCCCACUAAUGGCCACUCUGCCACACAGAGCCCUGUUGCCGACACAGAGAUGUGAACAAGUUCUAAUUGACACACCCACCACCCAAUUCCCAUUCCUCCAGCACCCCAACUAUCACCAGAUUAUCAGUCCAUCUACCACUCAGAAAGUGUUCCUAGGGAUUCAAGACUGACAACCAUUCAACAUCCAACCCCACCAUAACCUCCCCCAUCCAACCCCUGACCCAAGAAUGAUAAUGAUUAAGCUGACAAUGAUGCCUGUAAUGUGAAGAUGAGAUUGUGAUCAUUGGUCUUUAUUAGGCUGUAGUGGUGGCAGAGAAGGCAUCUAAACACUGAGUUUGGGAGACUGGACAGAAGGGCCACCAACUGCACUGCAUGAACAAUAAUCCAUCCAUCCAUCUUCUUCCGCUUAUCUGGGGCCAGGUCGCGGGGGCAGCAGUCUAAGCAGGGAUGCCCAGA